GCGGGUAGAUGAGAAUGUCAACAUUGGGAGGAAAAAACAUGGAGGAAGUCUCUAAGUGCCGGUCAGUCGAUCCCAGUCUAACGGGGUCUGGUCAAACAAGAGAGAAUACGACCGGUGUCCCUGAAAACGGCUCGGUUAAAUCGGCUAAAUGUGAGCCGCACAGGAGCCGACUGAAAGUGUUUAACAAAGUGAUGGAGAAAAGCCUACAGAGGCUUAUAGCUGAUGCGAGUUUCAGCAGGUUUGCCCACUCUUUCCAUCCAAUUUGCAAGCAGAAUCCACAGAUGUCUGAAGUCAUCCACAAGCAGUUCAUAAGUGACCUGCAGAAAGCUAUCCAGGAGGACAUAAACAAAGUGAUAGAAGAAGGGGACCUACAGGUGAAACUGGAUGAGUUGGACAGACUAGAAGAACAAGCAAAAGACAUGCCAGGACCUGCAUGGCGACCCAGUGGUGUUCCUGAGCAAGAUGUGUGCAGCGUGUUGAUUCCUUAUCACCAGGGGCAGGAGGAGUAUGUGCGCAGAGAGCUGAGGAAGCUUCAGAAGGAAAACGCAGCUCUGGCUGAGAGAGUACAAUCUGGACGAGACACUAUUGCACACACAGAACAGCGCAUUGCGGCAGCUGUGGAUGAGUGGAAGGCAUCUGUUGCUGAUUUGAAAUCGGUUGUCUCGUCGCUUUGUCCAUCUGAAGAUUUUUAGCUUCUCUUUAAACUGAUGUUGACCGAGUCAUUGUUCAUAGUUAAAACUGUUUUUUAGUUAUUUUUAAGCUAAUUUGUGUUGUUUUAAUCUGCUAAAUGUUUCAUUAAAUCUAUUUCUUGUUGGA